GACCGUUCUCGCACAUGCGCAUUAGCAUUGAGCUUUGUUAUUUCAUUUCACUAUGGCGCUUAGCAAAACGUUUGGACAAAAACCUGUUAAAUUUCAGCUCGAGGAGGAUGGAGACUUUUAUAUGAUCGGAUCGGAGGUGGGAAACUACCUCCGCAUGUUCAGAGGCUCCCUGUAUAAAAGAUACCCGUCAUUAUGGAGAAAACUGGCAUCGGUAGAAGAGAGGAAGAAGAUAGUGGAGUCAUCACACGAUCACGGCUACACUCAGCUGGCCACCAGUGUGACCCUGCUGAAGGCUUCCGAGGUGGAGGAGAUCCUGGAAGGAAACGAUGAGAAGUACAAAGCUAUCUCCAUCAGCACUGAGCCCCCCGCCUACCUCAGGGAGCAGAAGGGCAAGAGGAACAGUCAGUGGGUCCCCACGUUGCCCAACAGCUCCCACCACCUGGACGCAGUGCCCUGCUCCACCACCAUCAACCGCAGCCGGAGUGGCCGCGACAAGAAGAGGACCUUCCCCCUGUGCUUUGACGACCACGAUCCAGCAGUGAUCCACGAGAACGCCACUCAGUCUGAAGUCCUGGUUCCCAUCCGCCUGGACAUGGAGAUCGAGGGACAGAAACUCAGAGACGCUUUCACCUGGAACAUGAACGAAAAGCUGAUGACGCCCGAGAUGUUCGCUGAGAUCCUCUGCGACGACCUGGACCUCAACCCGCUGGCCUUCGUCCCCGCCAUCGCCUCCGCCAUCCGACAGCAGAUCGAGUCGUAUCCCACAGACAGCAUCCUGGAGGAGCAGUCGGACCAGAGGGUGAUCAUCAAGUUGAACAUCCAUGUGGGGAACAUCUCCCUGGUGGACCAGUUUGAGUGGGACAUGUCCGAGAGGGAGAACUCUCCGGAGAAAUUCGCCCUGAAGCUGUGCUCCGAGCUGGGCCUGGGCGGAGAGUUUGUCACUACCAUCGCCUACAGCAUCCGCGGUCAGCUAAGCUGGCACCAGAGGACGUACGCCUUCAGUGAGAACCCCCUCCCCACAGUGGAGAUAGCCAUCAGAAACACAGGUGAUGCCGACCAGUGGUGCCCCCUGCUGGAGACCCUGACAGACGCAGAGAUGGAGAAGAAGAUCAGAGAUCAGGACAGAAACACCAGGCGAAUGAGGCGACUGGCGAACAUGGCGCCUGCGUGGUAGGGUGACGGCGCCCCCUGCAGGAGCUCGUCUUCACUGAGGUUUGGUUCUGUCACGUCCCUCCAUCGCGCGCUGGAUGUCUUUUCUGCUCCACCGGAUUCUCAGUCAGACAUUCACCUUUUCAUUUUUUAUUUUCAUUAUUGAUGUUAUUGCUUUGUUCUUUUUGGCAAAGCCCCCGGUAGAAAACCCCGUCGUCUUCCCCUCAGACCCCCGGUGUUGAGAGGCUGCUCUCUCACUUUGACCACUGACUCUCUUUACCUGACCAGAGGGAGAAAAAAAACCACAGCCAGUCUCAGAUAAUAUAUUGUUAUGUUGUAUUUGUUGUCUUUUUGUACAUUUUAAUAAUUCUUACAAAAUAAAUAAAAAAGUGAAAGAGCUUAA